AUGGCGUCCGAUUCCGGAUCAGAUGUGGUCUUUUCUGACGCUGAGCAUGACUCUGAUGUGAGUUUGCCUUCUGACAUCGUGCAAAGCGAUGCUGGGCCCGCCGAAGAAAACGAUGUGAUAGAAGGUUUGUCUGGCCCCAACUUACCAUCAGACGUUGACUCUGACGGCUUUUGGUUUUCGCCAAGUGAGGAUGGGUUCGGCUCUGAGCCCACAGCUUCAGAGUCAGUGCCUUCAGUGAAAGAAUUCCAUUUGAAAGGAAUGUCGCUCUUCAAUUUUGCAGCAAUGGAAAUCUAUUCUCCUCCGCGCGUUUUGCCCAUGAUUGAUCGCUGCCCGUGCCGGAUGUCUCUGGAUAUUCUUACAGGCUGGAAUUUGUUGGACGCUUCAGUGAAGCAAACUGUGAUCAAGAUGUGGGAAACGCAAGAAGUGAAGAUGCUCCUGCUUUCUCCUCCCUGCACCAUUUUUAGUCCUCUGCAAGUUUGCUUUCGGAAUUACGAGAAAAUGGAUCCCGAAACUUUGAAGAAAAAAUGGGCAGAAGGACUGCACCAUCUUGAUUUCAGUGCCAUGGGCAUUCGAAAUCAGUUGCAGAAAGGGCUUAAAUUUAUGUUGGAACAUCCACAGCGAGCCUCCUCCUGGGAGCACCCUCCCAUAGCAGAGAUCCGAGGUCGCCCAGAUGUUUACUGCGCUGAUUUUGAUCAAUGCAUGCUCGAUUUGAGAGCCCCCAACAAUUUGCAUAUGAAGAAGAGGACACGCAUCAUGACCAACUGCCAUUGGUUAGCUUCCACAUUGAGACAAUAUCAGUGUGAUCGGAGCCACAUUCAUCAACCGAUCGAGGGUAGCAUGGCGGGCCAUAGCUUGUCUUGGUGGGCGCAGCAUUACCCACCAGAUCUUUGCCGCAUUUUAGCUGAGAGCGCUCAGCGAUUGCUGUGA